UGCAAGUUCAUUUGAAACUGACCGAAUUUCCUCCUCACGUCUGAUCAAGUAGACGCUUCGAGACUAGUAGAUAUUUCUUUUGAAUGCUAUUGCUGUUGUUCAGCUUGAGGAGGAAGAGAUUGGUAGAAAUUCUGGCUGGGUAAGGGGGGAUUCCCGGCGAUGAAAAAGGGGGCACUUAGAAGCCGGAGGAAAAAUCAGCAGCUCCCCACCUCCACAUCUCCUGUACCCCUCACUCUCCGCCGGUGACCUGGCGUAGAGACCCCCCGGCGGCAGCAUGAACAUUUGAUCGGAUUUUCGUCAGCGCCCUGCAGACUGUCGCGCGAGGGGCUGUGGACGUUGCCCUCUCUGUGCUGCUGGGGAUUCGGCUUUGGAAGGACAGGCUCUGCGGUCGCCCCCUCCCGGGGCUAGCUCUGCCCUGGGGCCAGGGCGCGGCGCCCACCAUGCCCCACUGCCCGCCGCUCGCGCUGCUCUGCGCGCUGCCCUGGCUCCUGCAGGCGGCGGGGACCCGGGUUCAGCCCCCAGCGCCGCGCAAUGACCGCGGCGACCCUACCAGGGGCGCUGACUUUGAUCGCGUCUACAGCGGGGUAGUGAGCCUCAGCACCGAGAAUAUCUACUCCUUCAACUACACCAGCUGGCCCGGCCAGGUGACUGCCGUGCGGGUGUAUGUGAACAGUUCCUCUGAGAAUCUCAACUACCCAGUCCUUGUUGUGGUUCGCCAACAGAAGGAGGUGCUGUCCUGGCAGGUCCCUCUGCUCUUCCAAGGACUAUACCAGAAGAGCUACAACUACCAGGAAGUGAGCCGCACCUUGUGUCCCUCAGAAGCAACCAAUGAAACAGGACCCCUGCAGCAGCUGAUAUUUGUGGAUGUAGCAUCCAUGGCACCACUGGGGGCCCAGUACAAACUGCUGGUUACUAAGCUCAAGCACUUCCAGCUCCGGACAAACGUUGCCUUUCACUUCACUGCCAGCCCCUCUCAACCUCAGUAUUUUCUAUACAAGUUUCCUGAAGAUGUGGACUCAGUUAUCAUUAAAGUGGUAUCUGAAAUGGCCUAUCCAUGUUCUGUUGUCUCAGUCCAGAAUAUCAUGUGUCCAGUUUAUGAUCUUGACCACAAUGUGGAAUUUAAUGGUGUCUAUCAGUCCAUGACCAAGAAGGCUGCCAUCACACUACAGAAGAAGGAUUUCCCAGGAGAGCAAUUCUUUGUGGUGUUUGUGAUAAAGCCUGAAGAUUAUGCCUGUGGAGGAUCUUUCUUCAUCCAGGCAAAGGAAAACCAAACCUGGAAUCUACAACGAACAAAAAACCUUAAAGUGACCAUUGUUCCUUCUAUUAAAGAAUUUGUUUAUGUGAAAUCUAGCCUCUUCAGUGUCUUCAUCUUCCUCUCCUUCUACUUGGGAUAUCUACUUGUUGUGCUUGUUCAUUGCGUGAGGUUUCAGAGAAAAUCUAUCGAUGGAAGCGUUGGUUCCAAUGAUGGCUCAGGAAACCUGGUGGUAUCACAUCCCAUUGCUGCCAGCACACCUGAAGGGAGCAAUUAUGGGACAAUAGAUGAGUCAAGCUCCAGUCCUGGAAGGCAGAUAUCCUCCUCCGAUGGUGGGCUGCCCUGCCAGUCAGACACAGACAGCUCAGUGGAGGAGAGCGACUUUGACACCAUGCCAGACAUUGAGAGUGAUAAAAACAUCAUCCGGACCAAGAUGUUCCUUUACCUGUCAGAUCUGUCCAGGAAGGACCGGAGAAUUGUCAGCAAAAAAUAUAAGAUUUAUUUCUGGAACAUCAUCACCAUCGCUGUGUUUUAUGCCCUGCCCGUGAUCCAGCUGGUUAUCACCUACCAAACAGUGGUAAAUGUCACUGGUAACCAGGACAUCUGUUACUACAACUUCCUCUGUGCACACCCAUUGGGCGUCCUGAGCGCCUUCAACAACAUUCUCAGUAACCUGGGCCACGUGCUUCUGGGCUUCCUCUUCCUGCUGAUAGUCUUGCGCCGGGACAUCCUCCAUCGAAGAGCCCUAGAAGCCAAGGACAUCUUUGCUACGGAGUAUGGAAUUCCCAAACACUUUGGUCUCUUCUAUGCUAUGGGCAUCGCAUUGAUGAUGGAAGGGGUUCUCAGUGCCUGUUACCACGUCUGCCCUAAUUACUCCAACUUCCAGUUUGACACCUCCUUCAUGUACAUGAUCGCGGGCCUCUGCAUGCUGAAGCUCUAUCAGACCCGCCACCCGGACAUCAAUGCCAGCGCCUACUCUGCCUAUGCCUCCUUUGCUGUGGUCAUCAUGCUCACCGUCCUCGGAGUGGUAUUUGGAAAAAAUGAUGUGUGGUUCUGGAUCAUCUUCUCCGCAAUCCACAUUCUGGCCUCUCUGGCCCUCAGCACCCAGAUCUACUACAUGGGUCGUUUCAAAAUAGAUGUGUCUGGCCCAGAUUUGGGAAUUUUCCGGCGGGCGGCUAUGGUGUUCUACACAGACUGUUUCCAGCAGUGUAGCCGGCCUCUGUACAUGGAUAGAAUGGUGUUGCUCAUCGUGGGGAAUCUGGUUAACUGGUCCUUCGCCCUCUUUGGAUUGAUAUACCGCCCCAGGGACUUUGCUUCCUACAUGCUGGGCAUCUUCAUCUGCAACCUGCUGCUGUACCUGGCCUUCUACAUCAUCAUGAAGCUUCGCAGCUCGGAGAAGGUCCUCCCGGUCCCGCUUUUCUGCAUUGUGGCCACCGCUGUGGUGUGGGCUGCUGCCUUGUAUUUUUUCUUCCAGAAUCUCAGCAGCUGGGAGGGCACCCCAGCUGAGUCCCGGGAGAAGAACCGGGAGUGUGUCCUGCUGGAAUUCUUUGAUGACCAUGACAUCUGGCACUUCCUCUCUGCGACGGCCCUGUUUUUCUCAUUCCUGGUGAGUUGGUUACUUUCUUCCUGUACAUCUUGUACUCUCUCUCAUUGUUGUUUUUUCCUGCUCCUCCUGAAGUCCUCUUUUAUAUUGCUCUCUAAUUUCCCCCUUCAAUUCCUCAUUAUAAUUCAGUGUACAGAUGAUCUUACUUCUUUUUAAAAUAUGAUAUCCUUCGGAUAGAUCUUUAUUUUUAAUUUCCUUUCUUUCUUUAAUACUUUUGGACAGAGUGAUGAAAUCAUUUCCCCUAAGUUGCACAGCACAUUUGGACUAAAACGGUUAUUAGACCCACACACCCAGAAUUCCCCCAGGAGCCACUUUGGGCAUUCACCAAAAUUCUGGUAACACUGGAUUAUUCCUUCUCAUGCCAUGCUCAUGUCCCUCCUCCUCCUCUAGUCUCACUGAAUGUUUUAUAGACAUUUUAAAGAUUCCUGGAGGGGCUCCGGAUAGCAGCCAGGUCUCUGUUGCCUUCUAACCAAUCUGUCCAAAAUCUUUCUUGUAUUCCCUCUAUUGUUUUACCCCAGCCCCUUUUUCAGAAGCCAUGUGCUCUUAUGUCAACUCUGUACGACAGCUCCUGGUAUUCUUUAAAACUAAUGUUGACUUUUCCAAAUUCAAAGCCCACGGUGCCGGACGUGAGUCCAGCGGGCAACAACCUUUCAACAGCGGCCACGCAGUCUCAGGCCUGCCAUGUAACCGCAGGAGUGUAGCAGGGCUACCCUCUAGUGGCCAGUUUGGGAAGUUUAACCGAUCAGUGCCAACAUUCCUGAUCACUUCCAUUUCAGAUAGUCUCCUUCUUUAGAGACAGAGGCAAACAAAGUGGUGCGGAGCUAAGGUUCCAUGUGGAGGCAAUGGUGGGCAAGGGAACUAGAAAUGGAGAAAGAGGGUACAUUCCUUAUAUAUUAUAGAAAUGCUUUAGAUCUUGAUCUGAAUGUCCUCU